AUUCUUAAUGGACUUACAUAGUACUAGUAUUAUUUUAUUACACGAAAUUAUGUGAUUUCCUUCUAUAGAAACCUAUAAAUACCCGUUGGUUGUUGCCAAAUUCCUCCUUCCUCACAACUGUUUCUCCUUCCUCAUAACUCCUCUCUGAUUUUUCCAUUCAACUUGUUUUUCACUCACAUCUAAAUAUAUGGACGGAAUAGUGAACAAAGCCGUUGAAGAACUCUGUAUACAAGGUUGCAAAGGCUGUGCUUCAGUUCCUAUCAGCAAUCUCUGGCCCAAACUAAAACCCUACCUUUCAAUCAACGGCCUUGCCCUCUGUGGUAAUGUAAAAAAGGCUAUUUUGUCUAAUCUUAUUAACAUUCCAGGUCUCGAAUUCGAAACGAAAGACGGUAAUAAUGAUUAGUUAAGUGCAGUGUGGAAGAAAGGGAGAUAUUGGAUGAUUUGAAUAUCGUUGUACCGGAGUAUGCUUGAUAACUUUAGUAGGAUUCAUGAGGUUGAGGUUUCCAAGUCUAAGCUAUCUAAACAAGAGUUAGAAGCUCUUCAUCUUCGGAAAAGAGUCCUUCAACGCAUCGCCAUUGCAAGAGCAAAUGGAAUUACCCAGAGUGAGCUUACCAAGGAAUUCAACACUAAAGCCAAUAACUUCUUCCACAUAUUGAAGGAGCUUCAAACUCUCGGACUGAUUCUGAGUCAUCAAGUAACAGUUUGGGAAAAUGAGACAUCCAACGACGGAAAACUUAUAAAUAAGCAUAUUUCUACCAAUAUGCUUUAUCUAAGCCUAUAUGGAAAGCAUUUGCGCUGUCAACAGAGACUUGAAAUCAGAAAGAGAGGUUUGAUGAAGGAUGAUAGAGAGAAUGUGCUUAUAAAAGAUGAUCUGCCCAGUUUGAGAGAUAUCUGUAAUAUUCUUGAAAAAGCUAAGGGGAAGGUUAUUCCCAUCUCAAAUAUUAAAAAGGACCUAGGUUAUCGAGAUGCUGCUGGACAUAAAAGAUGGGCAAAUAUCUUGCGCAAGUUGACACAAGCUCAGGUUGUGGAGGUAAUUGAAAAGGACAAGUCUUUGCGUCUUUUAAAGGAAUUUUCACCAAUGCACUUCGAUACUCGCAAACGUCGAUCUGAUGACCUUGGCCGAGAACAACCACCGACAAAAAUAGAAAAGAGAGAUCAGAUUGGCCAACAGAUUGUGGAGCUUCCCAUUGAGCCUCAGACUUGUGGCAUAACUCAUGCUGAAGGAUCCAGAGAGAUCAGAGAUGUUGAAGUCCAGUAUCGGGGAAACAAUAGAAUGAGCACUGCACAGAAUUCUUCCAGUGAUGUGAGCAACACAAAAAUGCAGAUGAUGGGUUCUUCUGUAUGUGACCUUGUUCCUGUAAAAACUUCGGCAACUGAAACAAUAUCCCCUAGAUGCCAAGCAUACAAAGCAUAUCCCAGUCAUAAACUGCGAGCAGACUGCGCAAGGGAACAGAGGGAGCACUGGAUACUUAAAAUGUUAGAGGAGGAGAAAUUUCUUAUAAAACCUCACUUACAAAGACGACUUGAGAGACUUGAAAAGGGCAGGCACACAUCAAUGGACAAAAAGACCUUAGAACGCAGUUUGAAUAAGCUUCAACAAAAUGGACACUGUAAAUGCCUUGACGUCUUCUUCCCUGCUGUCACAAACUUUUGCGAGAACCUUAAAAGGGUCGUGGUUCUGCACCCAUCCAUUUAUGAGUUAUCUCCUGCACUGUUGGUUAAAAUUUAUGAUAGAAUUAGGUCCUUUGAAAGGGAAUUGCGUGGAAAAAGCUUUUCUAAGUUUCAGAAGGGGGAUGCACUUCCGAUAGUGUAUGAUGAUGUGGGCAGAGGACAACAAAGAAUAGAGAUGGAUGUCCAAGAUGCACUAGCUAAAAAGAGUUGUGGGAAGAAGUCUCUGAUGGAAAAAAUGGCUCGUGCAAAGCUUCUUCACAUCUAUCUAUGGGAGUAUGUCAAUAGUCUCCCUGAUAGUGAAGAUACUUCCUCAUCUGGUAAAUACGGUUAUGAUUUAAGAAAUGAUGACAGCAGUUGCAAAUUGGUUGAUAUAGGUUCAGCUAUCGAGGCCAUGCAGCUUGAGCUGUUCUUACAAGUUUCAGGUUCUGUUAAAAUGCAUGAGAAUGUGUUUGAAAAAUGUGGGGAUUAUUUACACCUUUCUGGUAUUCCAAUGAAGGACUACACGUGUCUGAAAGAUACCCCGUCAAUCAAGGAGCUCUCACUGUUGAUUGCCGUUUUACAACGUUUUAAGUUGAUCCGCCUUGUUUGUGGUGAACAUACGGUAGAUGCCACUCAGGUGACACAAAUCACUCUUACUCAUGCACUAGAGCUUAAGCCUUUCUCUUCAGCUGCAAGAUCAUCUUCCUUUCAUGGUCCAGAUUCUUGCCAUCAAGUUAGACAUGAUUUUGUUCUUUCAAAUAGAAAAGCUGUUGAUGAGUACUGGAACACUUUGGAGUACUUUUUGGCUGGACCUAAUCCAGAAGCUGCUUCAAAUGCUUCCCCAGGAAAUGAUGUUCCUGCUGUUAAAGAGGUACUUCAGCGUUUUCACAAUAGGAAGCAAAAGCGUCUCUCUAGAUCCCAAGGAGUUUUAAAUUCCAAAUGGAUGGUUCACCUCAUAAAAGGACGAAAUAAUUCUUCACGGAAAAGAAAGAGGUCAUCAGGCGGAGUGCCCUCAAGACAUGUAAAGCUACGCACUUCAGAUGUACAACCAAGUGACAAGAGCACAUGUGAUACUGUUGAGCAAUUCCCUGAUGAACAAAAUGCUUUCGUGGUUUCUCCAGGGGACAUUGGAUGUAAUUCUCAAAUAAAUUGUGUUGGUGAUCAUAGGGAGGUUACCGAAGGGAUAGAGCAAUGCGAAAAAAAUGAGGGCAAUCACUCUUUCAUGAAGCGAAGUGAUCUCUCAAGUCUGAAGCCAACAUGCAGAGCAAUUUUCUCCUGGACCGAAGAUGCAGACAGGCAAUUGGUGAUUGAAUAUGUAAGACUCCGAGCAGCCCUUGGGCCAUAUUCUCGUUGUUUUAAAUGGGCCUCAGUCAAAAACCUUCCAGCAUCACCUGAUGCAUGCAAACGUAGAAUGGCCAUUUUGAUGAAAGGCUGUAUACAAUUCAGAAGUGCUUUAAUGAAACUCUGUAAUGUAGUCUCAGAGCGUUAUGCACGGUACCUCCAGAACAGGUCUUUAGACUGCGGUGAUUGUGAAGAGAUGGUUCAGCAUGAUGCCUCAGAAGAAGAUUUGAAUCAAGGUGUCUCUGACAGCCCUGAACAUUCUAGAGAGGCUGCAGAAGAGCGGUGGGAUGAUUUUGAUGUCUACAAUGUAAAGGUUGCCCUAGAUAAGGUGUUGGAAUGUAAAAAGAUGGCUAAGUUGAAUGGUAGCAAUGGAGUUCAAUCUGCCAAUGCUAAUUCAGAUCUCAGUAUAAAUGCUGAAAGACCUGAGAAAAGCUCGCAUUGGGUUCCUAAGAGGUGUGGUCAUCCUUUAAUUGAAAGCAACAAUAUACGCAGGCAACCAUUUGAAUCAGUUGCAGUUGCAAACGCAGUAGAGCUAUCAAAGUUGGCAGUCCUGACCACCUCAAGAUCUCAACUGGUGCCAACUUCACUUGUCGAAACAUUUAAGCAUUACUCGGAGCAUGAUAAAGUUCUUGCUUUCAACUUCCUGAAAGAGAUGAAACUGAUCGAGAGUAGAGCCAAAAAUCCUGUUGCGCUUUCUGGGAAAUUCUUUGACAGUAUGUUUUCAUCUCCAUUUCCAAUCAAAACUGGAGAACAAGCAGCUAAAUUUUCAACCUGGCUGCAUGAAAGAGAGAAAGAGAUGGUGAAUGGUGGGGUUGUUCUUCCGCGGGACUUGCAAUGUGGUGACGUCUUAAAUUUAUGUGGUCUAUUGUCUUCAGGAGAACUGUCAAUUAUACCAUGCCUGCCAGCUAAAGGUGUUGGAAAGGCGAAGGAUGCCAGAACUCUCAAACGUAAAAAUAAUAUUACUAACUUUCGUGAUGGAAGCAGGGGUAAGACAUACAGAAUUGGUGAAAGUGAGGCUCGCCGAGCAAAGGGUUUUCCUGAUAUUACUUUAUCCUUGAGCCGUGCAACAUUUUUCAGCAGAGAAGCCGUAGAAUUUUUUAAAAAUGACGAGAAUCAGCCAUUGACACAAAUUGGUGAAGAAAAUCAAGUCAAGAUCAUGUCAGUUCUUGAAUCUAGCAGCAGUGCAUCUUACUUGGAAGGAAAAAAUAAUGUAGAGGAAGCACACGAGAAUGGGAGUUAUGGAUACACAGCAAUAUCUUCCAAAGAGUUGCUAUGGAAAGCCAUGGCAAGCUCUGCUGAACACUUCUGCUCUUUUUCUUCUAAAAAAGAAAGUUCUGCAUUUAACCCAGAGCUCUUUAGGUCUUUACUUUUAGCCAUUCAAAAGGCUGGUGACCAAGGUCUAACCAUGAAAGAAAUCUCAAUGUCUGUGAAUGUUCAGGGGGAAAAGAUGCUGGAUGUUAUCGUCGACGUCCUUGAAACUUUCGGACAAGUAUUAAAGGUCAAUGGCUAUGAUUCUGUUCAUGUGGUUGAUUCCUUAUAUCAUUCCAAAUAUUUCUUAUCCACCGUACCAGUUAAUCGACAAGAUUCUUUGGUCACUCUUGCGGGAGCUGAUGAUGCACAGAAAGAACUUGGUAUGAAUGCCGAGUUCCAUAAUCCCACUAAUCGAGAGCAACCUUCUGAACCUUUACUUGAAAGGCAAAGCACAAAUAGAAAUGAUUCAUUGGAGUUCCAAACUGCAAAAUCUCAUCCAUGUAAGCCAAUAUUGCCUUGGAUCGAUGGUGAUGGUACUUUCAACAAUGGUGUCUACAGAAAACUUGUGUCUCGUGCUCUGGGUAUCAUAAUGCAGAAGCCAGGGAUUCUAGAGGAUCAUGUUAUCGACCAGAUGCAUGGAAUGAAUCCUCAGAGUUGCAGAACUUUGUUAGAGAUGAUGAUUCUGGAUAACCAUAUCGUUGUGCGCAAAAUGUUUGAAACUAUAGCCGGGCCACCUGCCAUUCUCAGUGGCCUUCUUGGAACACAAUUCGUGAAGUCAAAGCUUAUUCUAAAACGACAUCUCUUCGCGAAUCCCACGAGCACUUCCCAUUUGUAAAGGUGGAAAUAUUUAUCUGUAAGUAUAAGCAACAAUUCAUCAAUGUUGUUAUAAUUUAAAGUCUUAAGUCUUUUUUUAUUGCAGAACCACAAGUCUUUUUGGAUGCUUAUUGUGUACAUUUUGGUGUUUUAAAGUCUCAAAAGAGGAAGCUAGAGAUGCAUUAGUUUAUCAUUUUGUAAAGCUAAUAUAUUGUUAAGAUUGUAGAUUAUUAGUGCCAUACUGGAAAGCCAAUGACAAGAUCAUAGUGUGCAUGAGAAAACUGUAUGAAAAGUUUUCUUGUAGUAAUGAGCAGUAAAAGAAG